AUGGCGGCGGUGGUAGCACCCCGGGCUUCUGGGCUGCUGUUUCGGUCUCGGCCACAGCUGGGGCGACUUAUGGCGAGCAGCGCUCACGGCGAAGAGGGCUCAGCUCGCAUGUGGAAGACCCUCACCUUCUUCGUCGCGCUUCCCGGGGUGGGCGUAAGCAUGUUGAACUGCUUUUUGAAGUCUCAGCACGGAGAGCACGAGAGGCCCGAGUUCGUCGCCUACCCCCAUCUCCGCAUCAGGUCCAAGCCCUUUCCCUGGGGAGAUGGGAACCAUUCUCUGUUUCAUAAUGCUCAUGUGAAUCCACUUCCAACUGGCUAUGAAGAUGACUAAAGAGAACCCGGACCACUACGGGGGACCACAGCACUGGUUUGGACCAUUAUGCUGCACGUGGACCAGAAAAGCAUUUGGGACCUUAAGCUCACUUUUACUUGUAUCAAAUGAUGACCAAUGUACUGAUCUUCCAUCUCUUUGCUUGUGAUAGAAGAUGGCUUAAAUAAACAACUUA